GGGCAACGCACCAGUUUGCACAGCCAGGCGGACUUCCGCCUUAACGACGUCACAUCCGCUGGGAGGUCCGAAUCCAAAAUGGCCGCUUCAGCAGGCGCCUCUGCGGCUCAAAGCAGCACCGGGGACGAUGCUUUCCAGACGUUUUAUACCGAAGUGAAGCAGAUUGAAAAGCGAGACUCUGUACUGACUUCCAAACAGCAGAUAGAUCGGUUGUUGCGACCCGGCUCGACGUAUUUCAAUCUGAACCCGUUUGAGGUCUUACAGAUCGACCCAGAGGCCACAGAUGAAGAGCUGAAGAAGAGGUUUCGCCAGUUGUCGAUUUUGGUUCAUCCGGAUAAGAACCAGGACGAUGCAGACCGAGCACAGCUGGCCUUUGAAGCGGUUGACAAGGCGUACAAGCUGCUUCUGGAACCCGAGCAGAAGAAAAGGGCCGUAGAUGUGAUUCAUGCAGGAAAAGAAUACAUCGAGCAUAACAUGAAUCAGAAGAGGAAGCAGUUGAAGAAAGAUGGAAAGUCCACUGUUAUUGAGGAGGAUGACCCGGAAGUGUUCAGGCAGGCUGUGUAUAAACAGACUAUGAAGCUGUUUGCGGAGCUGGAGAUCAAGAGGAAGGAGAGAGAGGCCAAGGAUAUGCAUGAGAGAAAAAGGCAAAGAGAAGAGGAGAUUGAGACACAGGAGAAAGCUAAGAGAGAGAAGGAGUGGCAAAAAAACUUUGAGGACUCGAGGGACGGACGUGUGGACAGCUGGAGAACCUUCCAGGCCAAAGGUAAAACCAAGGAGAAGAAGAACAGGACAUUCCUCAAGCCCCCCAAGGUCAAAAUGGAGCAGCGGGAUUAAUUAUCAUUUGGAUAAAUUCAACAGUGACCUGGAAAUCCGACCACCUCCUGCUCGUCUUCUGGGUUUUUCCCUUCAGGUGUACGCGUGUGUGUGUCUGUUCAGGAAUGUGACACUCUCAGUCCAGCUGAGGGCGCUGUGGAACAACACAUCUCCUUCAAUCCCUUGUAGUCUUUUCCCAUCUGCUAGGAGAAAAAGUCGUCCAGUGGCUGGAUGGACGCUUGUCACUGUUUCGCCGCAGCAAAUUGAACCGUCAUUAGAGUAGUUUCUUCAGGAGCAAAGAGGCUGUUCUUCUUUUGAUUUUUUUCUUCCCUUCUUUUUUAUUUUUUAUAUGUACAUAUUCGUGAGUUUGAUGUUAAUUAAGCACAUUGGAAAAUGCUUUUGUCUUUUCUCCCUCUCUCUUAUCCCUGUCACCCAGAAUAAAACUUGUUUGUAGUCUACACUUAUAUUUAACAUUGCUUUUGUUGGGUUUGGUUCUUG